AUGGCGUCCACCACGACAACCGAGACCAUCGCCCUUGAGCUCAUCAACAACGCUGCGCGAGACUCGGAUUCCGCCAGGGAUCUUGCAGCGGACGCAGUGGUCGCCGAGAGCCGCAUUGCAGACGCGGAGGUGCCCGACGGGGGAUAUGGCUGGGUUGUGAUAGCCGCAUGCAGCGUGCUCUGCUUCUGGUUUGUCGGGACGCCCUACUCCUGGGGCGUAAUCCAAGCGGCACUCGUCAAGGAUAGAGUGUCUACUCCGGCGAGCCUCUCGUUCGUGGGGAGUCUGACGGCGGCUUGCAUUUCCUUCCUUGCGCUUGCAAACGCUCGACUCAUCCGGAAAAUCGGGGGCAGAAACACGGCGUUGGCGGGCGCGGCGUUCUUGGGGACGGGGGGGAUCCUGAGCAGUUUCACGACGAGGAAUGUGGGUGGGUUGUUCUUCACGACGGGGGUGCUGAUGGGAACUGGCUGCAGCUUGCAGUUCAUGGUUGCUUCGACCAUGCCCGCGCAGUACUUCAACAAGAGACGUGGGCUGGCGAAUGGUAUCGUCUACGCAGGAGGGGGGGUUGGAGGCACCGUAAUCAGCUUUGCCAUGGAUGGCUUGAUCCAGAAAUUAGGCCCUGAAUGGACGUUCCGUAUUAUCGGGCUCGUGACUCUGGCAACUAGUCUCCCGGCAGCGUGGCUGAUCAAGGAGCGGGCCCCGAUUAAGACCACCACGUUGAUCGAAUGGCGACUCUUCAAGAACAUGCAGUUCACAGUUCUCUUCUUGGCUGGCGCCAUUGCCACUUUUCCCUUAUUCGUACCGCCCUUCUUCCUUCCACUUUAUGCCGCUUCUCUUGGACUGUCGGCAUCUGCGGGAGCUGGUAUCGUUGCAGGAUUCAACUUCUCAUCAGCUGUUGGCCGUUUAUGCUGUGGACUUCUGUCUGAUUUCAUGGGCCCAGUGAACACACUGCUUCUUUCGCUGAUCUUGAGUGCAUUGAGCAUGCUCGUCUUGUGGCCGGUGUCAAAUUCGCUUGGUCCAUUGAUUGUGUUUGUGAUCAUCAACGGAGUAGCUAAUGGUGGAUUCUUCAGUACCAUGCCGACAGUGGUUGGAAGUGUAUUUGGAAGCAGGAGAGUGGGCGUCGCAAUGGGUAUGAUUGUGUCGGGCUGGGCUGGGGGGUAUUUGAUGGGUGCGCCGAUUGCUGGAUAUCUUCUUGCUGCAUAUGGAGGUGAACACAGCACGCUGAAGGCGUACCAUCCCGCGAUCUUCUAUGCUGGUUCGAUGGCUGCUGGAGCUGCUAUACUAGUCGGUGUGGUGAAGGCGAUGCUCAACAAAAGUCCCUUGAAGAAACUGUAG